CUCUCUCUCUAUCUCUCACAUACACACUCGCUCACUCACUCUUUUCCCCUCUCUUUCUGUCUGUCUCUCCCUCUCCUAACGGUGUGUCAAAGUUCCGACUGCUCGUUGUCGACGAAUCCGUCGUUCGUGUCCGUCGAUAUAGGUUACCGAAAAGGGAACCCGCGCUGGUGUGUUGUAAAACGACGUUUUUUUUCACGGCUGUUAACAUCUCCGGAUAGCCAUCGCGCAGCUCGUUCUCGCCGUAUGCAAACAACAACGAAGCGAGAGCGAGAGGAUCAUCAAAGUGCGAGUAUAAUUGUCCGAGAAUCGCGGGAUUGGUUCGAAGAAGAAGGAACCGAGAGAGAGAAGAGUGCUUCUGAGUUGCGUGCGUGUUUUGUGUACUACUCCUCCUCCGUUCGGGAGCUGUCAUAAAUGUACACGUUCUACGUAGAUUGCGCGAUCUAUGCUCGGUCAACGGGCCGAUCUAUCGAUGGCAAGUGCUGAUCGUGCUUGAACGCUUGCGGCGGUAAAUCGUCGACGUUUAUUCGUCACAUAAUCAUCAUCAUCACCACCACCGUCGCGCGGCGUUUUUUACGUUGCGCCCGUGUCGUCGGCGUCGUCGUCAUCGUCGACGUCUCCCGAGAAGCCAGCGCGGCGUAUCUAUCUAAACGGCGAAUCUUUCAACAAGAAGCAGGAACUGAUCAUGGCGAAUCGGGGUACGGCUCAAAGGCCAAAUGGAUCAACGCAAGGAAAAAUUUGUCAGUUUAAACUAGUUUUACUUGGUGAAUCGGCAGUUGGAAAGUCAAGCCUUGUUUUAAGGUUUGUCAAAGGACAGUUUCACGAAUAUCAAGAGAGUACAAUUGGCGCUGCAUUUUUAACACAAACUGUAUGCUUGGAUGACACAACGGUAAAAUUUGAAAUUUGGGAUACUGCAGGGCAAGAGCGUUAUCAUAGUCUUGCGCCCAUGUAUUAUCGUGGUGCACAGGCAGCCAUUGUUGUAUACGAUAUAACAAAUCAGGAUACUUUCUCACGUGCCCAAACAUGGGUAAAGGAAUUGCAACGUCAGGCGAGUCCAAGUAUAGUAAUAGCAUUAGCUGGAAAUAAGGCAGAUUUGGCAAAUAAAAGAGUGGUCGAAUAUGAUGAAGCUCAAACGUAUGCAGAUGAAAAUGGCCUUCUUUUCAUGGAAACAUCAGCUAAAACAGCAAUGAACGUUAACGACAUAUUUCUUGCAAUUGCUAAAAAGCUUCCAAAAAAUGAACAGUCAGGAAGCGCAAGUACAAGCGGUCAAGGUCGUCGACUAGUCGAAUCAGAUGGACAAAAGGCAGCAACCGGCAAUUGCUGCAAGUGAUUAUCUAAAUCCGUAUGUGUCUCACAAUAUUCGUAUGUCUAUUUUUACAUUAUUUGAAUACAUGCUGUCUUUAAAAUAUUAAUCGAAUUAACGAGAGAUAUUAUUUCACUAAUGAAAAGUCAGAAACAUUUGAUACGCCUAAUGAGAAUACAUUACAAAUCAAACACACGUUCAGUGUAACAACAUUGUUCACAUAUUUUUAUAACACUACUAGAAUAUAUAGUGAAACAAAAACGCGAUCAAAAAACAAACGGAGAAAUAUCAUUUUGAUAUGUCAUAGAAUAGAUAAUUGCACUUUAAAAUGCUUUUAGCAGAUUCUUUUCUUUGUAUCAUGAUUUGGGAAUAUAUUUCGAGUAGUAGUUUUUGCAGUUUAUAUCAUAGAAUAUAUUAUAUAUUUCUUGUUAUGUUUAACAUUUUUUAUAUUCUCAACUUUUACUUUCUGUUUCAUCUGUUUAUAUUUAUUGGAACAAUGUAAACAGAAAAGUGGAUAAGAAGACAAAAUAUUGCGGAUUAUGUGAAAAUAAGAAUUCAUUAAUAUAGUAUCAAUAUUAGCUUGUAAUUGGUUUUGCACGAGCAAAAAAGUGAACAAUGAGAUGUGUUGACAUGCAAUAAUAACGAAAACAAAUAUCAGAUUUAUCAUCUACACAAAUAAAUGUAAUUUAUAAAUAUUACUAAAUAAUUAUCAACAAUAUCUCUCUGA